CACAAAAAGCCAUGUAUUAUAUGAUUUCAUUUAUAUGAAAUGUCCAGAAUAGGCAAAUCUGUAGAAAAAGGAGGUAGAUUAGUGGUUGCCAGGGGCUAGGAAGAGGGAGAAAUGGAGGUGAUGAAAAUGUUCUAGAAAAAAGCAUGGUAUUGUACACUUUAAAAGUAUGAAUUUUAUGGUAUAUGAAUUAUAUCUCAAUUUUAAAAAAAAGAGAAAGAUCCAUGGGCCCUAGGGCAACAAUAAAAUAACCACAAACCCCGUACAGAUGUGUACUUUCUGUGUUUGAUGGCCCUGCAGUCUUUCUUUCUCAGCAACCAGUUCUUCCUGUCGUCUUGUUCUGUGCUGGGUUGGAUGCAGUUCACAGAUGCAAGCAGUCUCCUUCCUGAGUCUCAAAGUCCUCAGUCUCACUUCUUUGCCAGUCUUAUUUAGACCAGAAACAUAGGGCCUCGGCCUUCGGCUCUCAGAUGCUUUAGUCAACUGAGACACUGUACCAUGUGUUCGUUUAAAUAGGGUGAGACUCUCCUUUUUGUUGUUGUUGUUAAAGUAAGAAAUCCAGCAGAGCCAUAGGCCUUUUUCUUAUCAUGCAGACAGAGAGGAAAGUGCCGGUGGCCCUUCAGUUCUGUGACAGAGCAAUCUUUACAAACAUGAAUACUGUCUAGUAUUCAGUGUUGGUUCCAUUCAGUAUUCAUUCAAUUUUUGUAUUCAGAGAUGACAAUUCCAUCAAUAUUACCAGGGUAACAAAUAAUCUAGAAGGUAAUCAAUCAGAAUUACGCGUUAUUUUCAUAAGCCCUAGAAAUAAUUUUAUAGUUUUAGGAGUUUUUUAAGACCCCCUUGUUCAAACCCUACUUCCAGAGAACAUUAGCUAGAAAUGGAUAGGCACGGAGGUCUUGAUCUUACACAGGAAGACAAAAUUGGUAUUCUUAUGAAUGUUUGCAAGGUUAGGACCUUAACAGGUCAGUGUUUUGAGCUAGUUUUCUACCACAGGAAGGUCUCUCUCAGUAGCUGCUGAGGAAAAUGGAUAUCUCAUCUCUCUCAAGGACUUCCUUUGUCUAAAUUAUGAAGACUUUCAUUUGAAAGGCCAGAUUCUAGAAUUCGUUAGUCGGCUUUAUAAACAAAACAUGACAGUAGAGCUGACUUUUAGCUGCAGAAAUGGGAUAAGUAAUAAAAGUGAGAUAGGGAGUAUGAAGCAUUAAUCAUUUAUAUGUUCUCUAGGCUCUGAUUGAUUCAUCCUUUUACUUCCUACCCCACCUCCACCCCAGCCGGUGACAGGCGAACACAGUACCUGGCAUGUAAUAAUAGUUCUUUAUAAAUGGAUUUUGAAUGAAUGAAUAAAUGCCUACGUUCAAGCUUAUCUUUGUCAUAGGAAAGAAUUCCCGCCUUUUGGCUGUAACCACCAUCUUCCAGUAAUUGGCCAAAAUGACCAACACAAAGAGAAAGAGGAGAGGCACCCACUAUAUGCUCUCUAGGCCUUUUAGAAAACAUAGAGUUGUUCUUUUGGCCACAUACAUACAAAUCUACAAGAAAGGUGAUAUUGUAGACAUCAAGGGAGUGGGCACUGUUCCAAAGGGAGUGCCCCACAAAUGUUACCAUGGCCAAAGUGGAAGAGUCUACAGCGUUACCCAGCAUGCUGUUGGCAUUGUUGUAAAGAAACAAGUCAAGGGCAAAAUUAUUGCCAAGAAAAUUAGUCUACAUAUUGAGCAUAUUAAGCACUCUAAGAGCGAUGAUAGCUUCCUGAAAUGUGUGAAGGAAAAUGAUCAGAAAGAGAAGGAAGCCAAAGAGAAAGUUUCUUGGGUCCAACUAAAGUUCCAGCCUGUACUACCCAGAGAAGCACGCUUGUGAGUACCAAAGGAAAGGAGCCUGAGCUGCUGGAACCCGUUCCCUAUGAAUUCAUGGCAUGAUA